AUCGUUUCUACGGCAACUCGCCAGGUACAAAACGCGGGAAGUUUCCUCUUCCGUGAAACGUAAACAGAAGCUACUCGUUUGCUCGUGUUUUGGGAACCGACUCCACCGUCCUGAACGGACCGUGUUUUCCAAAUGGCGGUGGUGACAGAAUGCAGUCACGGCUGGGUUCUGGAUCUCUGCCCUGUUAUCGAUCAGGGAUAUUCCCACUGCAUUCGAUUGACAGACGGCGGAAAAUCACACGUUCGGUGCCGUUUUAAGCGGCAGUGUUUUCAGAUUUCAAAAAGCCACGGUAGUGCGGAUGUAAUAACAUCUGUGGGUGAAGGAAACGUGGACAAAAUCAAUAAACCAUUAAAGAAGAGGAAACGGAAACACGCCGAACUCAACCAGGGGGAAAUUGAUGCACGAGUCUAUCACGACGGGAUCAGAGCUGUCAUAUCAGAGGGAACCAAGACGUUGGUGGAUUUGGCCCAAAGCAGAGAAUACCUGAAAGGAGUGGAGGACUCAGUGGCAGAACCUCUUCCUCUGCAGGAGUGCAACCUUGCUGCUCUUUGUGACAUGGCUAAAGAGCUCCCUCUGAUGGACGAUCUGGAGCUGGAGGAGUGUGCGCAGGCACUCGUUGCUGAGGAUGGUGGUCUGUGUCACGUGGACCUGUUCUCACGGGUGACAGAGAACAGGUCUGACCAGGCCGCAGUGGUCAGACUGAUGGGAGAGGAGUACGUGAUCCCUGCGCACACCAGCUUCCUGCUGUCUGACUUCACCAGGACACGGCCGCUGGUUAACUAUGGAAAAAAGUUUGAUCUGAUAGUCAUGGAUCCACCGUGGGAAAACAAGUCUGUGAAGCGGAGUCGCAGAUACAGUGCUUUACCGUCAUCGCAGCUGAAGCGGCUUCCUGUUCCUCUUCUGGCGUCUGACAACUGUUUAGUGGUCACCUGGGUCACCAACCGAGCCAGUCACCUGCGUUUUGUCCGAGACGAGCUGUACCCUCACUGGGGGGUCGAGGUUGUCGCCGAAUGGUUCUGGGUGAAGGUGACCUCGUCUGGACACUUCGUGUUUCCACUGGAUUCCGUUCACAAAAAGCCGUAUGAGGUUCUGGUCCUGGGCAGAUAUCGUUCUUCAUCACAUCCAUCCAUCAGCUUUUCAAAGAUUCCGGAAAUUCCUGUAGAGGGCGCACGUUUGAUUGUCAGCGUUCCUUCAGCUCUUCAUUCGCAGAAGCCUCUACUCUCAGAGGUUCUCAGGCCGUACGUCGGAGCGGAGGCAAAGUGCUUGGAACUGUUUGCGCGGAAUCUUCAUCCUGGAUGGACCAGCUGGGGGAACGAGGUGCUAAAAUUCCAGCACAGCAGCUAUUUCACCGUGACACCAGUUCAGGAGUCGGCCGAGGUUUUUAAGAAUGAAGACAAAAAAGACGAGGACAAAUGUCAGUCGUCCGACUGAUCCUCGUUGAGACUUUUUUUUUACCAAGAACUGAAACUGAUCUUUAAUAAAGUUAAUGAUAAAAUGUUUCUUGCGCGGUUCUUUUUGAUCUCAUCGAGCGAGACUUCGGGUCGGGAUACAAUUUUGAAGAUGAAGAGAUGAAAGCGAAGGUCAGUCCAGGCUGAGGAUCAUAGACAUGUCAGACAUCCUUCAGAUAAACAACACCAGCUAUUUUUGAUCUGUUUUUGACUAAUAUUCGGCUCCAGACGUGCGUGAAGAACGAUCAAAGAGUUUCUAUUUUCAUGGCUUUAACUCACGAGGAGCUGUGGUUCACUGGAACAACCACCUCCUGCCUGGACUCCCAUCACGUUAAGGACAGUCUGUCCAUGAACCUCCCAGUGAAAGAUGGCGCUCAUCUGCGACCGUCCAGACGGCCUACUCUCUCCUACAAG